CGCUCACUGUGCACUCAGUUAGACUCAUGCAGGCGUGGACCGCAACACUGGCUUGCUCCUAAAAAUAGGCAAGUACUGGUCAUUGCCUCAUAUAUACACAUUUAUUUGUUCCCCAUCGAGUUGAUGGCGUUGUACUUUCGGAAAUCUUUUUCUUCUUUGCUUAUAAUACGAUAAUCCUACAUGGUAUAUGGCAGAUUUUCAUCUUUAAAACACCAAGUCGUAUCCCGUGAACUCUAUUGAAGAGUUUCUUGUCGCUGUUACUGGAUGUCAUGCAUGUCAUGCAAGUCUGUAGUAUUUGUAACACGUUUGCUUAUUAUAUAAAAGAGAAUACCCAGCGCCCUGCCCCCCCCCUGUAUCACGCUUUCUUCUUUCUCUUCUUUUCUAUCUUUUCGACCUUUAUUAGUUCUUAAUACUUGAAGUACUUAAAGAGGCCGGCAAAGAGAAAUGACAAUAGGUUAUAUCGUAUCAGAUGAACAAAAGGUGCCAAAGGCCUACGUGAAGAAAAGAGCUUUCCCUCCAGAUGCACCACCUCCAGCGUACCCGACACUUGAUUUGAACCAGAUUAUAGAAAGGACUCUCAAGGAAUCAGCGGAUGCCAGAGCUGAGCCGUUCGUAUUUGAUGAACCGAUCAAAAGCGUAGCCGUUAUUGGCGCUGGACCUGCUGGCCUUCCUACGGCAAAAGCAUUACAAGAGCAUGGCAUAAGUGUUCGCAUUUUUGAACGUAUGGAGGACGUGGGCGGCGUAUGGCUAUACUCGGAUGAGCCAGAUACAAAACCGUCAGUACCUUGCGAUACAUACAGUACCCACAAAAAACUGCAGUCUUCUUCAGUCCCUUCUGAACCCAGCGAAAAAACAAACACAAUUGUGGAAGCGACAGCCGACGAGCGACUCAACAAGCUGAAACAUGCGCCGCCAACUGCGUGUUACCCUGAUCUGCAUAACAACACUGCAGCGCCGAUAAUGAUGGACUUUGAAGAUUUCCCCUGGCCGGAUGGAACUCCGUAUUAUGUUCCACACGGCGAGGUGCAGCAAUACUACAAGAACUAUGCCCAACAUUUUGGACUAUAUGAUAUUAUGGAAUUGAACACGAGGGUCGAAUACGUUGAACGACGACAGGCAAAACCAGCGGAUGAUCUUGAUGAUGGUGACGACAAGAAAUGGCAGUUGACCUUGCGUAAAGCCGAGUAUAUUGACAAUGGUAGCAAGAUCCAGUAUACGACCUGGACAGAAUCGUUUGAUGCGGUCGCUGUUGCAUCUGGUGCUUACAACGAUCCUUUCAUACCUGAUUUCCCAAAGUUGCACGAAUAUAAUGCUAGUUAUCCCGAGCGUAUCAUUCACUCUAAACAAUACAGACACUAUCAAUAUUAUGCUGGAAAGAACGUCCUCAUCGUGGGUGGCAAUAUAUCUGCCAUUGAUAUCGCACAACGGUUGGAUGGUAUCGCAAGCAACGUAUACAUGUCCAUUCGAGGCAACUUCAAGUCAGUCAGCAACAUUCUUAAUCUCGCAAGAUCCGUACUACCUGACUCGACCAUUCACAAGCCCAAUAUCGGUGCGUUCGCAGAUCCUGAAGGCCAUGUCAAUGGCUCGAUCACGUUUGAAGACAAUACCGUGCUGUAUAAUAUCGACCAUGUGAUUUUCUGCACCGGUUUUGUGAAUGAUUUGGGGUUCUUAGGGCCGCUACGAACUUACGGAACCGAGCCAGAGGAUGGCACGGAUGAGGAGGAGGGUUGUGCUCAACAGACAGAGAGACCCUUGGUAGUCACGAACGGGUCGCGACCCAUCAACACGUACCGGGACAUUUUCGCCAUCCUUGAUCCGACGCUUGCAUUUGUUGGUACACCUGGUCAUUUGACAAGCACGCAGUUUUUUUACUACCAAGGUCAAGCUGUUGCGCGUGUGUGGGCUGGUUUGGCGUGGAUCCCUUGUUACAAGAAGAUGCGUGAUCAUAUAAAGACAAACAUGUAUCCGUUUCCGCCUUUCGACAUGAAUUUGUUAGGCUGCAUAUUGCAUGCGCAACCGUUCGUGACAUGGUUAAACGACCAUGCAAAAUAUAGCAACAAGAAUGAUGUUGGGGAGUUGUAUAAGCUCAAAGGUGUUGAUCCAUCGCUUGCUAAGCUGUGGGAUGGAAUCAAGGAACAAUACAAAGACCGAACUACCGAAAUUCUUGCUAAACGGAAGAAUAUUUCCAGUUGAAGAGAUAGAAAUCAUAAACAUGUAGAGUAGCUAAAGUAAAGUAACUGCUGUAAUAAAAAGCUUUUUACGGUUGCAACAUUCAACGUGUAACUAUUCCAAUAAGGGUGUUUAUCUAUGGAGCUAAAAGAGACA